AUGGUGGAUAUCUGCGGCGCCAAGGACGUCGGGCAGUGCUCGCCGAGAAAGAAGCUCGUCCAGGCACAGCUGAAAGACCGUGCGCUGCGAGAAGAAGACGCCACGGCGAAGGAUGGCGGUGGUGGUAGCGCUAAAUGCUCAAUCGUGGACGACGUCUACGACAGUGACAUCGGCACCCCUCUGCUCGACCAAACAUCCUCGAUUCGAGCGUCCGUACUUAGUGCCAACGAACAGAAUCACCUACCCAUCUCGCUACCGAACCUCUGCGACCCCCCACCCAAGUUAGCCAGGCAAGUUUCGGAAACGUAUGUCCGUGAGCUGCUGGGCGAAGCCCAGGCGAAAGCAGCCACUGCUCGAGAGGCGCAAGACGCAUGUAAAUAA